AUGGCUUCGGAAAAGGCAGAGGUCGAGAGGCCCGGCGCGUCGACCAAUUCUGAUUCGGACCUUGAGGGCAUUGCGCCCGGUGAUGUGAACGAGAAGAGACUCCUCAGGAAACUCGACUUGAGGCUCCUACCAGCGGUCUCUAUCUUGUAUCUGCUUUCGUUUUUGGAUCGCAGCAAUGUUGCGAACGCCAGACUUGAGGGUCUGCUGAACGAUCUGAAGCAAUCUAACGGAAAACCCAUGACCGGAAAUCAGUACCUGACCGGUCUGACACUUUACUUCAUCGGAUACGUGCUCUUCGAACUUCCUUGCAAUAUCGUGCUUAAACGCACAACACCGAAGUUCUGGCUCCCAACAUUGACGAUUGCAUGGGGGAUCGUGGCUACGCUGAUGGGUUUCACGCAGAAUAUGGCUGGCUUCUUCGCAGUUCGCUUCUUGUAA